UCUCCUUUUACGAUUGGAUAUUUAAGAACAGUAGGCGGAGCUUGUGAAGCCGGUGCGUUGAGUUGCGACAUACGCCAUUUUGCAGUGACAGCGGUGCGCUAAAGCAGUGGAGACAGAAAGCUCAAGAAGUUCCCGUUUAGAGUGAGAAGCAUGGGGAACGUCUUUGCAAACCUGUUUAAGGGUUUAUUUGGGAAGAAGGAGAUGAGAAUUCUCAUGGUUGGUCUUGAUGCCGCUGGUAAAACGACCAUCCUGUACAAACUAAAACUGGGAGAAAUCGUUACCACCAUUCCUACUAUUGGUUUUAAUGUAGAAACGGUAGAGUAUAAGAAUAUUAGUUUCACGGUUUGGGAUGUCGGUGGCCAAGACAAAAUCAGACCUCUUUGGAGACAUUACUUCCAGAACACUCAAGGUCUGAUCUUCGUUGUGGAUAGUAAUGAUAGAGAACGAGUUAAUGAAGCCAGGGAGGAGCUGACAAGGAUGUUGGCAGAAGACGAGUUGCGUGAUGCUGUUCUAUUGGUUUUUGCAAACAAACAGGAUUUGCCCAAUGCCAUGAAUGCAGCUGAGAUUACAGAUAAACUCGGACUUCACGCCCUCCGUCAUCGUAACUGGUACAUCCAGGCCACCUGCGCGACCAGCGGCGAUGGGCUUUAUGAGGGGCUUGACUGGCUCUCCAAUCAGUUGAAAAAUCAGAAAUGAGCUCGCCUGCCACCUCCAAAUUUCCGUGUGUUUGUUGUAUGAAUGAGUAGAUAUGUGAUUGUGUGUGUGUGCGCGUGUUUGAGAGAGCGAGUCACACACAGCUACAGUACUGACUCAGAGUUUGACUGAACUCAAGAACCCUACAUCCUCCUUCCCUACAUUCAUUUAGGAUCGGGCAUCGCUGACUCAGACUGUGUUUGUGUGUGUCAUGUGUGCAUAGUAAAGCGUUUAUCUUUAGUAUGCACGUCAGCAAGAAUGUAUCGUGUUUUCGUGUGUAUGAAGGCUUCUCUUGUCUGUUUGCUUGGUUUGGGAAUGACCCUGGCGUGCCUUUUUUUACACACACCUCUCUUGUCGUUCCACCUCACAAACUGUAAUAUGACUCGUUCUGUCGCAGCAUACUGCACCAUGCAUGGUUUUCAUAUGGCAAAGAAAGAACCAAGGUUAUUAUAAAUCAACUGUUCUUUGCAAUAACUUAAUCCUCUUGUAUUCAGUAUUACAAGCAUGCUGAGUAUAUAACCCAUCACGUAGUGUUUUAAAUUGAAAUUUGACCUGCCCUGUGUAUCUUUAGAAAAAAUACAUUGUAACCUGUAUCAGGUCAGGAUCAAUUUACCCAGACACCCCCGACCACGACCAUCCUUGAUCGUUCUUUUGAGUCAUUUGAAAAUCGUGCCGUUUUAUUUUUUUGGCUUUCAGAUUUGUUUUAAUUUGUGAAUGUGUUCAGAUGUUGGUAGUGGAGCCUGUGAGCAGAAUUUCUGCUGUACACUACCAGCUAACCAGCCGCCUCACAGAUCCCAAGCACAAACACAGACUGCUGAACAUUCCCCCAUUAAAUUGUUGGAUUUGAUUUGAAUUAAAAACGUCAAAUAUUA